AUGCGGAUUGCGGGUCGACUGCUAACGCCCCCACCCUCCUGUGCCACCAUUGUGUGUCCGGCCAACUCCACCUGCAAUGCCACUGCCGACCCGCCCUGCAUCUGCAAUAAGGGGCUCAGCAUGACAGACGGCCAGUGCGUUGGUGAGCCUCCUCCUUCUCACCCUCGUCCUUUUCAACCUCUCACUUUGUUACAUCUUCCUUCUCACCCUCUUCCUUCUCACCCUCUUCCUUCUCACCCUCUUCCUUCUCACCCUCUUGCUUCUCUCCUUGUUUCUUCACGUACUCUUCCUUCUCCCCCUCUUCGUUCUCUCCCUCUGCUCUCCUUCUUCUUUCUCCCCCUCUUCUUUGUUUCCCUCUUUCUUUUCUCCCCCUUCCUUCUCAACCUCUUGCCUCUCACAAUUGCCUCAUUCUUGUUACCUUCUUGCCUCUUACUCCCACUUCUCGCCCUCUUGCUUCUCAUCCCCUCGACUCUUACCCUUGCUUCUCGCCCUCUUGCUUCUCAUCCUUUCGCCUCUCAUUCUUGCUUCUCGCCCUCUUGCUUCUCACCUUGUUUCUUCUCACCCUCUUCCUUCUCCCCCUCUUCGUUCUCUCCCUCUUCUCUCCUUCUUCUUUCUUCCCCUCUUCUUUCUCUCCCCCUUCCUUCUCUACUUCCCGCCCCUCACUCCUCCUUCUAA